AUGCUGCAAGCGAGUUACGGGACGGCGCCGUCCACACGGAACGAAGCGCUGCAGCAGGUGAUAGAUCGGGACGAGAACGGGCACUUCUGCGCGGUGUACGACUUCGCGCUGUGCGCGACGACGGAGGUGGGUGUGUCGCCGUGCGGCAAGUGCCUGGCGUACCCCAAUUCGGCGUGCAGGGUGGUUCGGGAGCGGUGGCUGUGCGCGUUCUGCGGGAGCUGGAACGCGGCGGCGGGGGUUGGGGCGCGGCGACGGGGCGCGCACUACGCGGUGGGACUCGGGACGUCGCCCGCGGCGGCGCAGCUGGUGUUUGUGGUGGACCUGACGAUGGAGGCGGCGGAGCUGCAGGCACUGAAAACGCACGUGGCGGCUCUGGUGGGCAGUGUUAGCGGGCGGUUCGGGCUGGUGACGCUGACAGACGGGGCGGUGACGGUGUGCGGCGGGCGGGGGCGCGCGGCGGCGGUGCCGACGGACGAGUACCGGAAGUUCCAGCUGGAGCGGCUGGACCCGCAGCCCCUCCUCAAGCGGCACCUCGGGGAGAUGAGCGAGCUGUGGCUGACGGCGGAGGAGCUGCUGGUGGCGGUGGGGGCGCUGGAGGCGCAACCGUGCGGGGCCGCGCAGGAGGAGCGGCCGCGGCGCGGGACCGGGAUUGCGUUCUUCGUGGCGGCGCUGUUCAAUAUGCACAGGGUGGGGUUCGCGCUGAAGGUGCUUGCGUUUCUCGCGGGUCCGUGCACGCAGGGCCCCGGCAAGGUGGUGUCCAAGAGCUACAGGAACCACAUGCGCGGCCACUCCGAGCUGCAGAACCGGAAGGCACGGUACAGCUCCCAGGCGGCGGACUACUACCGGUCGCUGCGCGAGUUUGCGCCGGCGGUGAGCUACGAUGUGUUCAUAACGUCCCUGGACCAGACCGGCGUGUGGGAAAUGGCGCAGUGCCUGAACCACGUUGUGCAGUACGACACACUCGUGGAGGACCGCUUCCACCUGGACAUGCACGCGUACGCGCGCCGGCUCCGAAACGAGAUCGUGCCGCACCAGGUGAACCUCAUCACCUCGGACACCGUGCUCGUGGACGGCUGCUUCGGGCCUGUCCGGAAGCUCCCGCCGCUGCGGAACAACUACUCGGACACGGAGCGCGGCGUGGGCAGCACCACAACAUGGGCUUACAAUGGCACCCUGCUGUCCGCGGACGAGCUGUCGCUGUGCUUCUCGCUGUGCCUCGCGCCCUCGGUGCGGCAGUCGUCCAAGGAGAGUGCGGCGCCAAACAUCACGCUGCAGGUGGAGUUUAUGUACGAGGUCCACGGCGAGCUGUGUGUCGCAGUAACCACACUGGUGCUGCCAACCACAAGCGACCCUGCCGCGCUGAGUCUACCGCAGUCCUUCAACGCUACCAUCUGCUGCGUGUCCUUCAUGAAGCGCAUCGCGUGGGAGAUCCUCAACGGGCACUGGCACAGCUACAAGCUGCACGACUGGUGCACCGCGCUGGACGACCUGUGUGUGCGCCAUCUGGACUCAGGCAGCUUCAACGCCUCCCAGCUGGUCCAGCUUAGCUACUACCUGCAGCGCAGCGCACUUCUGCGCCUUGCGCAGACCUCGCCCGACGAGUGGGCGGUCUACCUCCUGGCCAUUCUGCGUCGCGACAGCACACAGUGCCUCCACAUCUGCCGCCCGCUCAUCACAAUGCUGACGCCGGAGCGCCAGCAGCUGCGGUUGAACCCCGAUGUGCUGCGCGAUGUCCGGCCCAUGGUCGUCGACGCCUCGAACUACGUGAUCGUCAGGUACUCAGAUCCCAACGAUUCCGCGCUGCACGCCGUCCGCGCCAUGGCACAGCAGCUGCAGCUGUCGCGCUGGCCUGUCCCGUGGUACAAGGACACCCCUAUCGGGAAAAGCCAGGACCGCUACGUCCUCAGCAGGCUGGGCGUCAGCACCGCCAGCAAUCUCCCCAGCUCCGAAGUCUCGCUGGAUGCUUAUAUAACGUACAUACAUAGCAAGCUCUAA